GGCGGGGGGUUUAUGUGAAAAUCAAAAUCGUGUUUUUUAAUUUAAGGAUUUUCCGUGUUUUGAUUGUGAUUACACCGGUUCUAUCGUAUAUUGGCGACUGAAAGUGAAAUUCUCCCCUUCCGCAGUGGGCGAGUGAGAUGAGUUAUCAUCCCUAUCACACCGCAAACGAUAAGUAAGGGGUGCUCCCGCCGUGAUUUAGUGUUUUUUGUGUCUAGUUUCUUCACCACCCCUCGUGAAUCGAGAUGAGUGAGCCGCGCGCGGAGGCGGAACCGGCCGUGUGCGAGCCGGGUGUGUGCGAGGAAAGCUCACUGAUAACGACGGACUCGUUCGAAGAGUUUUCCCACGAAAUCAACAGCCUCCCGGCUGUGCCGGAUAACGGCGGGGCCACGGGAAUCGAAGCAAACUCCGCGGUCCCGUUCGACGAAACGCCCCAAAAUGAUGCCAGCAACAUCGAGAAAAUACAGGACGGUCUUCAGCAAACCGAGGAUCCACCCGAUGGGGCGAUGAGCAAAUCCAGUUCCUUCAGUAGUGCGAAAAGCCGAGAUUUUGAUGCGUCAACGACGAGUCUCGCGGAGCCGGAAGCACCAGCGACAUCGACGAUGGUGGCCGCCGAAGCGGAAAGUGGAGAUUACCUGCACGAUGCGUCCUUUCUCAACCGAAAGCGGCACGUCUUCAUCUUGAGUACGGCGGGAAAACCGAUCUAUUCCAUGCAUGGCAAUGAAGACAAACUGGCGACCUUAUUCGGAGUGAUGCAGGCUCUGGUCAGCUUCAUACAGAGUGGCAACGAUACGAUCAAAUCGAUCCAUGCUGCCGGUGUAAAGUUCGUGUUUCUUGUCAAAUCCCCUCUGAUCCUGGUGGCCGUGUCCCGGACCUCGCACAGCGUGCAACAGAUUCAACUGCAGCUUACCGACGUAUACAAUCAGAUUCUCUCCACCCUGACGCUGAGUCACAUGAUUAAAACGUUUGAGAAACGGAAAAACUUUGACCUUCGGCGGCUGCUGGCCGGAAGCGAGCGACUCAUCGAUCAUCUGCUCGUCAACGACAAGUGCGAUCAUCGGCUCGUGUCGAACAAUCCGUUCAGCUUCAUGACGCACUCGGUGCGGAUACUACCUCUAGCCCCGGCCGUACGCGAAACGAUCGUAUCCGCCAUCCAGAGCAACUGCUCAAAGAUUCGAAACCUCGUGUUUGCGGUGCUCAUAGCGAACAACAAGCUAAUAGCGCUGGUGCGCAUGAAGAAAUACUUUAUCCAUCCGGCAGACCUACGGUUGAUCUUCAAUCUGAUCGAGUGCUCGGAGAGCUUUAAAACGGCCGAAAGCUGGACACCGAUCUGUCUUCCCAAGUUUGAUUCGAGUGGGUUUCUGCACGCGCACGUUUCCUAUUUGGCCGAGGAUUGCCAGGCGUGCCUGCUGCUACUCUCAAUCGAGCGUGAUGUCUUCUACACCUUAUCGGAAGCCAAGCGAAAGAUAACAGAGAAACUGCGCCGCACUAACUGUCUGGAGGCCAUCAACGAUGCGAUCAAUAACAAGGGAAUCAAGCUGCUCAACAUUGGCAUUCCGGAGAUUAGACACUUUCUCUACAAGAGCAAAUCGAACGCACAGCUACUGUGCUCCGAGCUUACGGUGCCUUACUCAAGCGGUGCUCAAUUUAAGCGCCUAGAAGGGUUGUACUUUCAGCUGCACCAUCGCAUCCACAACUCUGGCCGCCCUGUGAAGCUGAUCUAUCAGAUGAAGGAAAAGGAAGUGCUGCUCGCAUGGGUUACGCAAGCGUACGAGCUGUUUGUCACGUUCGAGCCGACCGUCGAAAAGAACGAAGUGAUCAGUCUUGUCAACAAGCUUCUCAAGUGGAUCAAGAAGGAGGAAAAUAGUUUGUUCAUCUUGUCAGCACCCACGUUCUAGGAGUCACUUUCUCUGUCACCCUUGCUGCAGCUGUUUUCCUUCUCGGCUGCACCAAGUUGGUCGACAGAGAUGGGUAGCUCGUGAAGCCAAACGCAGGGCAGGUGCUCUUGGAGGCAGCAGCAUGGAUAGUUAAUUAUUUAAAGUCAAAGCAUAUGCCGGAGGAGAUGGCCGGAGAAAAGAAAAUAGCUAAUAUAAUGAAUGCGUCCCGCGGGUGAUUGUUUCGGCUGUA